AUGGCUCCCAGAGUUAUUGUCGUCGGCGGUGGCCUGUCUGGCCUCAGUGCCGCCCACACCGUCUACCUUGCCGGUGGCAAUGUUGUCGUGGUCGACAAGCAGAGCUUCUUUGGCGGCAACUCCACAAAGGCCACCUCUGGCAUCAACGGCGCCCUGACUCGUACUCAGGUCGAGUUGAACAUCAACGACAGCGUCAAGCAGUUCUACGAUGACACCCUGAAGUCGGCGCGCGACAAGGCCCGGCCCGAUCUCAUCCGAGUUCUGACCUACAACUCCGCCGCUGCUGUCGAGUGGCUUCAGGAUGUGUUCAACCUAGACUUGACCCUGGUCUCUCGGUUGGGCGGCCACUCUCAGCCUCGCACACACCGUGGCCACGACGCAAAAUUCCCCGGCAUGGCCAUCACAUAUGCGCUGAUGCAGCGUCUAGAGGAGCUGGCCGAGGCCGAGCCAGAGCGCGUGCAGAUCAUCAAGAAGGCUCGCGUCACCAGCCUCAACAAGGAGGGCAACUUGGUCACGGGUGUCACAUACGAGGCGAAUGGCGAGUCCGCCACGCUCGACGGCCCCGUUGUCCUGGCUACGGGCGGCUAUGCGGCCGAUUUCACCGAGACGUCGCUGAUCAAGAAGUAUCGCCCGGACACAUACGACCUGGCCACGACAAACGGCGCACACGCCACGGGUGACGGUCAGAAGAUGGUUAUGGCCAUUGGCGGCAACGGCAUCGACCUGGAAAAGGUUCAGGUACACCCGACCGGCCUGGUCGACCCCAAGGACCCAGGUGCCAAGACCAAGUUCCUGGCGGCUGAGGCGCUGCGUGGAGAGGGUGGCCUGCUGCUAAACGGCGAUGGCGACCGGUUCUGUGACGAGCUCGGCCACCGCGACUACGUGUCGGGCAUGAUGUGGAAGGAGAAGGACAAUGGCAAGUUUCCUAUCCGGCUCAUCCUCAACUCCAAGGCCUCGAAUGUGCUCGACUUCCACACCCGCCACUACUCCGGCCGCGGCCUCAUGCGCAAGAUGACCGGUAAGGAGCUGGCCAAGGACAUUGGCUGCACGCCCGAGCAUCUGCAGAAGACCUUUACCACCUACAACGCCAUCGCCGACGGGAAGCAGAAGGACCCCUGGGGCAAGAAGUUCUUCCACAAUGGCCCGCUCGAUGUCAACGACGACUUCCACGUCGCUCUGAUGGAGCCCGUGUUGCACUUCACGAUGGGCGGUGUCGAGAUUGACCAGCACUCCCAGGUUCUCAACCAGGAGCACAAGCCGUUCGAGGGCCUCUUCGCAUGCGGUGAGCUGGCCGGUGGUGUCCACGGCGCCAAUCGUCUGGGCGGCUCCUCGCUGCUCGGUUGUGUCGUCUACGGCCGCGUUGCCGGCGACUCUGCCAGCAACUUCCUUUUCCAAAACGUGCUGAAGAGCGCCGGCAGCGGUGUUGGUGGCACUGCUUCCCAGCGUCUCGGCCAGAUCUCCCUGCAUAUCGACCCGUCGCAGCCCGGCAAGAUCUCGGUGGAAUGGGGCUCUGCCAAGAAGGGCUCAAACGAUGAUGACGAGGGCUCUGGCUCCGGCGGUGCCGGUGGCUCUGGAAGUGUAGGCGGCCCUAGCAGCAGCAGCAGCAGCAGCAGCAGCAGCAGCAGCUCUGGUGCAGGCAGCAGUACGGCCGCGGCAGCCAAGGCAGGCCCCAAGGUCUUCUCGAUACCGGAGAAGGAGUUCAGCUUGGAGGAGAUUGCGAAGCACAACAAGAAGGAGGACCUGUGGGUGGUGGUUAAGGGUGUUGUGCUAGACCUGACCAACUGGCUGGACGAGCACCCGGGCGGCCCGCAGGCCAUUAUGAACUUUAUGGGUCGUGAUGCGUCCGAGGAGUUUGAGAUGCUGCACGACGACGAGGUCAUUCCAAAAUACGCACCAGACCAGGUGAUCGGCCGGGUACAGGGCGUGGAGCCGACCCUGGAGAUCUAA